AUGUCUAGAGGAUUCACGACCGGGGAGAUUCCGGAUCCACUUACGGUCAAAAGGUGCAGUGUCUCGCGAAGCCACAGUACGGGCUCGUCCUCUUCUUACCCAGAAAUCCCCCGCCGAUGUUCAUCACUCACAGCAAGCGUGGGCGAUGAGUCCUGGAGACCGACAUCGUCAACUAGAACACCUUCCCUCAGCGAUAGUCUCUACCGGAUUGAAAUUUUAAAACCCCGCCAAAAUGAACCAAAUCCGCGACGAAACGCAAACAACCCUGAAUGCUACUUGAUGGAAAAUCCGUUUGUGGACAAUGUGACUGAUUUCUCGUCGCUUUCGUCAGAUGUUCCCUUGACUCCUAGACCCGUGGCCAAAGUACAGAGACACUGGGCGCAGUAUCCUCGACUGCUUGUACGUUGGAGCUCUGGUUCUUGGGACUCAUCGCAGCUAUCUCGACCGUCCGAAACUGUGAGUUCCUAUGCCGAGUCGGAGCCCGCGGCCUCGGAGCCUCAUCGGUUUCUGUCGAACUCCGGGAUGGAAGGCACUUCGAACUUUCUACACCCCAUGGAUCUUCCCAUUGUAUUUGUCAAUGUGAGAGCAAAGGCAAACACCACCUAUAUUGGCAAGGACGCUACAUCUUUAUGGACUACGGUAUAUUUAUCGGCCGAUAUCAGUGCUACACCCUUCCCGGGAAUCUCGAGUAUUGCUCCGCUGGACAUAGUCAUUCUCCUUGAUACUCUGUGUCAGCCUUCCGUCGAUCUCCUAACACAAAUUACUCUUGGUUCAUUUGUUCUCGCCUCUCACCUGACACACAAUCAUGACAGGAUCGCAUUGGCCUGUGUUAAUGGAAGGGCCAACCAAGGUUUCCAGACAUUACUUCCACUUGGAUUUCACUCGAUUGAAGCCAUCCGAUCUGCACUGAACACUUUUUCACGGCGCCAACUUAUCAAUAACGAAAUCUGCUCUGAUCUUGGAAAUGUCAUCCAACGAGCGUCCAGUAUAUUCUCACAUUCGCCUCGCAGAGCAUUUCGUCAUUUGUUCUUUGUCUCUGCAACGCCACCGGAGCAUCUUCUGGUUCCUUGGAUUGACCAAGCAAUCGGCUUCCAUACUAUCACACCCCACGCAUGCCUACCACUAGACAACAACCUUUGUCCCUCUGGCUGGCAUAUAUCAUACAUGGUAGGGGCUUCUGACACGGGCCCCAGAGAAACCCAUUUUAUUCGAAGGAUUUCUCGGGUUAUUCGGCAACUUCGCACUGGAAUACGCCCUGGGUCUAUUGCUGAUUUGAAGAUAUCAAUUGUCCCUGCACGUGGAUGCCAAAUUCAAUCAGUCUUCGAGAAUGUCACGCUGAUUUCUCUCCGACCCGGAGAGACGUGGAAUAUUCCAGUCCAGGUUCGUGUACCCGCUGCAUUUAGACAAUCGUCCCAAAUUGCACAAACCGCAUCUUCGCAGCAACACCCCUUGAUCAACGAAAUGAUGAGUCAAAUCAAUCAUCUACUACAGGACUUCUCGUCCGAUGAGAUCACACAGCCUCUCCUCACUGCACAUGUAGAGUACCAGCAUUCCUUGCUUCCUGCGCCUUGUAUGGUACAUGUGGACACUCAUCUUACCGUUAUUAGACGAAAGGAUAUUAGUUUGGGCGCACCUCGGAAUGGUGUGAAAGUGAGCAUGACAAGCAGUGCACAAGACAGUGACUAUAGUUUUAGCAUGAACUCCUAG